AUGGCCGUAACUACCAUUGAGGACACCGAGGUCAUGUCCUCGGGAUCAGUUUAUAACCCUGUGUACUUCUUGCUGACAUUUGUCCUUUAUAUCCUCAUCAUCACAGCCAACUUAACUUUGAUUUUAACAGUGAUCAUGGAAAAAAGUCUCCAUGAGCCCAUGUAUAUUUUCCUCUCUAAUUUAUGUGUGAAUGGCCUUUAUGGAACAGUUGGUUUUUACCCAAAAUUUUUGCUGGACUUGCAAUCUGAUACUCACUCAAUAACCUACAGUUGGUGCUUUAUACAAGGUUAUGUGAUUUAUACCUCUGUCUUUUGUGAACUCACACAUAUUACAGUCAUGUCUUAUGAUCGCUAUGUGGCAAUUUGCAGGCCACUGCAAUACCACAGCAUUUUGACUCCACAUGCUGUGCUUAAACUGCUUGUGGUGGCCUGGGCUUAUCCGCUUUUGGCAACAGCAAUAGCUCUUAUUCUUACUCUCAGAAUACCCAUUUGUGGAACUCACAUCCAAAAACUAUUCUGUGAUAAUACUUCAAUACUGAAGUUGGCAUGCUUUCAAACCAUAGCCAACCAGAUAUGGGGUAUGAUCCUAAUUGUAGGUAUACUUAUAAAGUUUCUUUUAAUUCUUAUUUCGUAUGCUCUUAUUGUCCGGGUUUGUAUGUCAUCAAAUGAGGGCAGAACAAAGUUUACUAAAACUUGUUUGCCCCAUCUUUUGGUUUUGGCCAUCUUUAUCAUUACAGCAGUGUCGGAUAUAUUGUAUGGCUGGGAGGGGUCAGAAAACCUUUCAGUCAGUGUGCGUAAUGCACUUGCUGUACAGUUUUUGAUUUUUCCGCCACUGUUGAAUCCAAUCAUUUAUGGGCUUCAGCUUCCACAGAUCCGAAAAGUAGUGUGCAGACAAUGUUGUAAACACAAAAUUCUGUGUUACCUCAGGAGAUGA